AAUAGUGGCACAUUGAAAGAAUCCCUUCGUAAUAAUGGCCAGCUACCCACUUUACAUCAUUACUUACGAUCGCGGUGAGUCUUGGGAUGACUCCACCAAGAAGAAACCGUUCCACUGGGCUUUCUUCCUCCAAACUGGAAGUGAUCCUGGCGAGGGUCUUGAAUUCCAGCUUCAUGGAAUGCCGGGAGCGUUUUACUACUCGGGAGGAGAGGCUGUGAAUCCGGAAUCGUCUGAUGCCAAGAACCAAGAACUCGAAAUUGGAUCUGUUCCUGUAGACAAGUACGCACGUUUUACGCAGCUUUUAGCGAAUGUGCCUAUCAUAAUAGACGAAUCUUCGAAAUGGAACUGUCAAGACUGGAGUUUGGAGGCCCUGGAUCGGUUUCGUCGGGAGGGCUUCAUUGAAGAACAGUAUCAGAAUAAUGUCAUCAAGUAUUGGCUUCGAGAAGACAAGUAGUUUCGAAACCAGAUUCAACAUAGCUAAGACCAUUUCAGUGGAUGUCUAAGAUCGUUGAGGUAGUUG